AUGGCCGCUGGUCUGCUAUGCACCGUGCUUCUGCUUGCGUCCCAGUCCCACUCCUCGCCAGGCUUGGGAUUCAUGAGUCGACCGCACGUGAUGACCGUGCGCCAAAAGCUCGAUCGUCAAGAGGAGGCUUACGCACAGAUAGUACAAGACCGACACGCGUUUAUUCGGAAAGUAGGUCCAACUCCCGACAAGGUCGUUCCCUACCCUGAUGAACCUGGUUACAAAACCUAUACGCUUUGGGACUUCUUCCCAGCAUCGUUCAAUUGUCCCUACGAAACAUCACGUCUCGGUGUAAUGGGCGACGGAGGCAAAUGGGUCUGUGGUCUUUCAAGAUUGAUUAGCAAGCCCAACUGUGUUGUAUACUCUGCUGGUAUCAACGUCGAAUCCUCGUUUGAGGCUGACAUCAUCCGUCGUACGAAAUGCGAGGUCUUUGGCUUUGAUUACAGCGUAGACAAAUUUGGACCUGAGAUUGAGAAUUUUGCCGAGUUGCGCGAGAGGGCACACUUCUACAAGUACGCUAUUUCUGGCAAGGACGAUCACCAUGCCAACCCUCCAGCCUGGACUCUCCAGGCAUUGAUGGAGCAUCACGGACACACGUUCAUCGAUAUUCUCAAAGUUGAUAUCGAAAGCGCAGAGUUCAACGUCCUUGGAGAAACUGUUAGGUACUACAAAGAGCGCGACUUGCCUCUUCCUUUCGGCCAACUUCAGCUCGAGAUUCACUCCGAGAACGUGCCGUUUGAGAAGUUCUUGCAAUGGUGGGAGGACCUCGAGGCUGCAGGUCUACGACCCUUCCAUACAGAGACUAACUUGAUUGUUGUGAGCUGGUACCGCACAAAACCAACUUACUCCGAGUACUCGUUCCUGAAUAUUGGUGCUUCGCACGAAGUCGUCCAGGACUAG